CCUAAUCACAAAAAUCUCGCACCUUCCCGGACCGCCAUGGCGGCAUCCGAGGCUUCGAGCCCGUCGGCCCCUAUCAAAAUCUCCGAUACCUGUUUCAGAAAAAGAAACCCAAAAGGCCAAAACCCCGUGCCCGGACCUGUCAUCGUUCUCUCCCCCAGCCUAUUGCCUCGUUUCCAUGGCGGCCACCGCCUCCAACCCGUUCCCGUUCCCCUCCCGUCGCUCGCCGGAAGAUAGCCUCUUCUACGCCGUCUACCCGAUACUACUCCCCAGCCACCUUCCCGCGCCCGCACUCCACGCCUCGCUCCAGUCCCUCCACCUCUCCCUCCUCUCGCACCUCGCCCCCUUCCUAUCCUCCCAUCUCUUCCACCGGGAUCCCUUCACGCUCACCCUCCCGGCGGACCCGGCCGCCCCCUGCGCGCUUUGCGCCUCGCCGCCCGUGCCCCACCUCCACGGCGCGCUCCGUUUCGGCGACUCCCUCCCCGACGAAUGGAUCGCCGUUUCCCUCCUCUUCGCGCUCACCCGCGCCUUCCCCGACAUCGCGGCCCGCGCCUGGGACUCCGACGGGGAGUUCCUCCUCAUCGAGGCCGCCUUCGCGCUCCCACGGUGGCUCGACCCGGAAUCCGCCCCCAAUCGCGUCUUCAUCUUCCGCGGGGAGCUCCACAUCCUGCCGCCCUCCCUCUUCCCCGAGACGCCGUCCCUGGAAGCCGCCCUUGCCGCCAUCUACGACGAUUCCAUCGACACCCGCGCUGCCGACGCCAUCCAGGCAGCCAUACAGCGCCGUAUCGCUGGGCUGCCCGAGAAGGCGGCGGAGAACCUACACACAGCACGCGUUAUCGUCCCGGCGCCCGUGGCAAAGGUGCUCAAGGAGGAGCCAUGCCUGAUCGCGCGUGCCAUCGAGGGUUUCUACGACCGGGACAUUGACACCAUGAAACAUGCGGCGAGGAUGGAAAAAUUCCUCAAAGGGCCUGGUGGGGAAGGGAUUGAGAUAGUGAGAACCACAGUACGCAUGACGCGGGCAAUGUACGCACAGCUUGUGCAGCAGAACUUUCAGGCUCCCAGGGGGUACCCGAUGCCUAGGAGGGAGGAGGGGCCAGAGAAAUGGAUGGAGGCAGAGCUGGGGAUGAAGAUUGCCUGUGGGUUCGAGAUGAUGUAUCAGGAGAGGAAACGGCAGGGCGAGGAAGGUAAAUGUAGCACGUGGGAUGUUUACAGGAAGAGUUUGGAGGCAACUGGGUGCUUGGACGGGCUGUAUCCUGGGUCAAUUGAGUAUAAGAGGGUCAUUGAAGAUGCAAUGCAAUAUUACAAGAGCUCUAAUUUGUAUUCCCGAACAAGGGAGAUACUGAGUGAACCAGUGCGGCGAAUUGAUGAAAUCCUAUCAAUGCUGUACUCAACUGAUGAAUUUAAAGGCACUGAUCUUCCUCCUAGUGAUAAUGACUCUUGGUUGUAUGGUGGGGAUGAUGAGUUAAAUGCGGAACUCUGUGAAAGGCAGAAAGAACUGGAAGAGCAUGAAGCUGCGAAGAAGCAAAGAAGUCAAAAGCAAAGUGUCCCUAGCAGUUCAAAAUCCCAGACAGACAAGUUUAAGCUUGGAGAGAUUACAGAGUCCAUGCAAGAAUUCAUUCGCAAAAUGUCCAGCUUUGAGGGAGCCGAGAUUCCUGCAGACAGGAGAGAUACUGAAUCAGUGGACCUAGAUGUCAACCAGUUCUUCAAGGCCAUAAAAUCAGUUUUAGGUGGAGGUUCACAAGAGCAAGCUGACAGUGAUGAUGGAUUUGAUAGAAAAUCCUCAUUGUCGGACAUGGACUUUGAUGAUUCUGAUGAAGACGACGAUUUUGCUGAAGAAUUAGGUGACAAGGAUGCAGAUGAUUCUUUUAUGGAAUCAUAUUCAGAUGCUUUAAAUAAAGAGCUAAGCAGUACCACUCUUGAGAAAAGCUUUGCUCAUGCACCACGACCGGAAACUAACAAUGAGGGUCCAUCAGAUGAUGCAGCUACUGGUGCAGAGAUGACUCCAGUUGAUGUAGAUCUGAACCUUGUCGAGAGUAUUCUGAACUCGUACUCCUCGCAACAAGGUCUUCCCGGUCCGGCUUCCAGUCUGCUAGGACUCAUGGGCAUAAAGGUCCCUCCAGAUGUCAAAAAGAUGUGAUUUUUGUAUUCUAGUGUACACGUGACAUCUUGUGAAGCUGGGAUAUAUAGGAAAAACUUAUCUUCCGUUCCAUACCUGGGCGGUAUUUGUUGUGAUAGUACAGGGUUGUUUUCUUGCUUUUAAGCAAUUACAUUUAGGUCGGAAUAUUUUGGGGUCCAUAUGUUAGGUUUGGUUGGCAAUUAAAUUUAGGCAGGAAUAUUUUGGCC